GUAGGAUAGACUAUCUCGCUUUAUAUCUCAAUUUGUCUAUUCUCCAAUCUCUUUAGUAUAAGACUAAAAUAGAGGGGAAAACUAAAAAAGCUUUUGCUUAAAUUCUUAUAUAUAUUUUAUCAAAAAUUUGAAAAUUUAGGGGUUGCGGCCUUCUGGAACAGGACCGUGUCUAAGAACUUGAUAAUAACACUUUAGCGGCUAUUCAGAUGGAGUUCUAACCCAUAGCAUGAUAUCUAAUUCCCAUUAACUGAUCUCCUUUUAGUUUAUAAUAGUGGGGACCAUAACUGUUUUUGAAUACUCAAGAUCUUAAAAGCUGUCUAAAAAAAUGUCUCUCGUGGGGAUUAUGACGUAACCUAAAAAUGGAAAUUAGCGCUUUUUUAUCCCAAAAAAGGCAAAAAUGUCUACCACCAUCUAAUUAUAAUUAGAAUAAUUGAUUAUGAUUGCUUUCAAUAAACACUUUCUCUAUAGACCGUAUCAAUCUUUGCAAUUAUGUCGACUAAAUUCGCUUUCCAUGCUACAAAUGAUCCUAAAAAGCUUAAAGAAUUAUAUGAACUUUGUGGAGUAGAAUGGGGUGGUGGAUUGACGUCCUCGGAAUUUGGAGAUGUUGAAACACAACAGCAUAUUGACUCUUUAACUAAGGGCCGUAAAAUUCAAGGAUUCUACUUGGAAGAUAAAGCUAGUGGAACACUAGUUGCAACCACUAUUAUUAGUGAAAUUAAAGGAUUUGUAAAACCUACUGAUAGAACAAGCUCAAUUUCAUCUAUUCCCGAUCCUUCCUCAAUUGGACUUAAACCAAUUAAAUUCCUAUUAAUUGGAUUUGUGGUAACACAUAGAGAUUAUAGAAGACAGGGAUUAGCCCAAUUGAUAGUAGAAAAUGCAAUUAAAUUCACAGAGGAAGAAAUUAUUGCUACAAAGUUACAUGAUAGUGAUACUCUGAAAAAUGAUAGUUUUGCAAAUAUGGUCACUGACCAAGAAGGAAAGGUAGAUGGUACAUUGGCUAAUUAUUAUUUAGGUAAAGAAUAUAUGUGGAUCCUAUAUUCUGGGGUUGGUAAAUUUUAUGAAAGGUUUGGUUUCAAAGGGUUUCCAUUGGAGUUUUUUAAGAUUCCACUUUCUUCACUUUCAGAGCAACAAGAAGUAUUAAUUGAACAACUUCUUGAUGAAACCAAUAAGAAUAAUUUUCGAAAGAGAGUUAGAUUACUUAGAGGUACGAAUCCUGAUGAUCAAGAAAUAAUCAAAACCAUAUUACAAACGAAGGAAUUGACGAUAGUUAGCGAAUUAAAUAAGACUAUUUUCCAUCUGGAAUUACAAUCAACAUCUAAAUCCUCAUCAUCAUUAACUAAUAUGAAUGAUAUAUUAGCGGCAGCUCAUGAAGGUAGAACUCCAUCAUUAGGAUCUAUCGUAGAAGAUUCGAAUAGUACUGCUUCUAAAAAUCAAUCGGGAAGACGAAAAUCAUCAGUACAUCAUUUCGCAAUUCCAAGAAUUGCACUUAAACCAGAUUAUGAUGUUAUACAAUGGGAUGUUGCAAUUGAGAAAUUUACCGCACAUUGUUCAAAUAAUGAACAAGCCGUUAAAUAUACAGAUAUUCAGGGUUUAAUUCUUCAUAAUGAAUUACAAAAGAAAAGUUACUACAUCAUCUGGAAUACUUUAAUGCAAAGAGCAUUAUUCAUUAUGGGUAUAGGCGAACUUCAAUCUGGUUUUGAGUUCAAUCCUACUUCAGCUCCACGUAGUAGAUCAUCUUCAUUCAGUGAAUUAAAUGAAUUAGGAGGUUAUAAUUUCCAAGAUUAUGAUAUUCUUUUAAGUGCUGCCUGUUAUGUAAGUAAGAAAAGAAAUAUUCCCGGCAAUAAUCCUGUUUAUGUAUCUAUAAAUGAUUUACCUAAUAAUAUUCCUACGCAGGUACUUUACGAUUAUCUAUUAAAUUUUUUCCCUAAUCUGUUAACUGGAUCAGUGAGCAAUAACAACAGUACCAGCACUAGUAAAAAUACUGAGAACAAAAUCCAGAUUAUUAAUGAUGCCGAGUUGGGAGUAUUACCCAUGUUAAGACGGUUUGGUGAUUCUUCACCGGAAUUCGAAAUAGACUGGUCUCAUAGUGGUAUGUGGUCAUUUGGUUAAAUUUGGUUAAAUUUGGUUAAAUUUGGUUAAAUCUGGUUAAAUUUGGUUAAGCCUGAGUUUUAUACUGUAUAGUGGCCUCGGCAAUAAACGCAUAAAUCCUUGUUUUUUCCGGUGUGCAUAUA